CCACCGUCGAUGUCAACUAGCUGCAUUUUCGGAGCACGCAAUAGAAAUCCACGCUCGCGUAAUAAAAGCGGGGUCCGGCUGUUGACGUCCACAAGAUCGCAAGCAAAGUCGAAAAGUUAGAAAGAAUGAAGUAUAAAACAUCGUAGUGCCCGUUGCCAAGUCAUCAAUUCGUAUUCAAUCCUUCGAAGUUUCAAGAUGACCCUCAGUCAGACGCUGUUGCUCGCUUCAGCGGGUGCAGCCGCUGUCGUUGGCUCCGUCCAGAAUGUCACGAAGCCGAACUUCAUCUUUAUUAUGACAGAUGACCAGGACUUGCAUUUGAACUCAAUUGAUUAUCAGCAGUCUGUUCAGAAGCAUUUCGCGCAAGAAGGAACCUGGUUCAAGAAGCACUUCUGCACAGUUGCUUUAUGCUGUCCAUCUCGCGUGUCUUUGUUGACCGGAAAGGCUGCGCACAACACCAACGUCACGGAUGUCUCUGCUCCUUACGGUGGAUACCCAAGGUUCAUCGAGGAGGGCUUCAACGAUGACUAUCUGCCAGUCUGGCUGCAGAACGCUGGGUACAACACGUACUACACUGGUAAGAUGAUGAACGGUCACUCGCUUAGCACCUACAACAAUCCGCGCAUCAAUGGCUGGAAUGGGUCGGACUUCUUGAUCGACCCCGGCACCUACAUCUUCUACAAUGCGACCAUGUCACGGAAUCACGACCCAGCCAAGAACUACCCUGGCGAAUACUCGACGGAUCUGAUCUCAGCCGCUGCUGUCGGCUUUCUCGAUGAUGCUAUCAAGGCUUCCGACCGACCAUUCUUCCUUGGUGUGGCGCCUAUCGCCCCUCAUUCGGAAACAAUCACUGGUGGAGAUGCGAAAUUCAACGCACCCGUCCCGGCAAAGAGGCAUGAGCAUCUGUUCCCCAAUGUUACUGUCCCACGUACACCCAACUUCAACCCCAACACGACGGGUACAGCAUCAUACUUCAAAACGAUUCGUCAAUUGAACCAGACUGAGAUUGACUAUAACGACGACUGGUACCGCAAGCGCCUUCAAUCCCUGCAGUCUGUUGAUGAGCUGAUUGACUCUAUCAUCGAACGCUUGUCCGCCAACCCAACAGUACUCAACAACACGUACCUGAUCUACACGACUGACAAUGGCUACCACAUCGGCCAGCACCGUCUGCCUCCAGGAAAGAGCUGUAACAUCGAGGAAGAUGUCAACAUCCCGUUCUUUAUUCGCGGUCCCGGUGUACCAAAGGGCGCCGUACAGACCAUUCCAUCGUCACACACUGACAUUGUGCCCACGCUUUUCUCGCUCGCGGGCAUCCCGCUCAGGGAAGAUUUCGACGGCGAGCCUAUUCCCGUGACAAAAGAGCUGCUGGCCAAGAACGAAAAGAGCGAGCAUGUGAACAUCGAGUUCUGGGGCGAAUACCUCGUUGAGGGUAACACCUUCUUCGGACAGUCAUACUUCCCGAAUAACACGUACAAACAUGUCAGAGUCAUUGGUGAGGGCUACGACCUUGCCUACGCCGUGUGGUGUACGAACGAGCUCGAGCUGUACGACAUGGUGAACGACCCUUACCAACUCACCAACCUGCACAACACAAACUCCACCGUCAACUCCUGGCCCAUCGCCUCUCUCUCCUCUCGCCUUAACGGCCUGCUCCUCACGCUGAAGCGCUGCAAGGGCCGUACUUGCACUAGACCGUGGGAAAAGCUGCACCCCAAGGGAGAUGUGAAGAAUCUGAAGGACGCGAUGGACAAGAAGUUUGAUGCGUUUUAUGAAAAGCAUCAGCAGCCGGUUACGUUUUCGGAGUGUGCGUUGGGGCAGGUGUUGAGUGCGGAGGGGGCACUGGAGCCGGUGCAGUGGAGGGAGGAGUGGGACGAGUGGAGUUAUCACACUUAGAUGAGCGCAACGGUGGUGUGAGAAUACCAAUCUGCUGUAUAGAAAGGGAUCUGGUGAUCCAGAUACAGUUGUCAAUAUAAAUGCUGUCUAUGCGAUGAUCACUAGUUGUUCCAGGUACAUGGCAACCGCGGCUCCCAUCACGUCGGUACACGAAGAUUGGCAACCGUGGUCACGAUGUCUCAAGCCCCCCCGCUUCCGCAUCGGAAUUCACUGUCGGAACUGACUAAUCGCGGCCCGCACUUAGCGCCUCGCAUCCUCGCAUCCUCGCAUCGGUGAGGUAAACGGCCAAGCACGAGUCGCCGCGCCCACGACAACCGUGAACAACGCACGCGCAACCAUGUCUGGAGGCUGGAACACGAUCGA